UCUGCUAUGAUACGCUCACCAGAUCUGUGUCAUCGAUCGUCAAGACGCGCGCCAUGGCCGCAGCAGCAUCGACCACCUCCUCCUCCUGCAUCACCUUCAUAGCGGAAUCCAUGAUCCUGCCCACGCGAAACAUCAGGCUCUUUGCACCCAUCUUCCUACUCAUCUUCGGCCACACCUUCGUCUUCCUCGCCGUCGCCGCCAUCCACGUCAACCCUCUCGCCGCCUCCAUCGACGUCCACACCCUCGCCGCCGGCAUCCCUCUCCUCGUCCACGCACCAGGCAGCACCACCACCCAUGCCGCGCCGACCGACACCGGCGCCAUCCGAGGCCACGCCAAGAAAGGGGCUCUCGUCUACCUUGCCUACCUCCUGACCAGGCUCGCCGUGCAGGUCGUGGCCGUCGUCGCCGGCUGCACGACCUACUCCGGCGAGCGCCUCGCCUUCACCGAGCUGCUCGGCUGGAACGCAAUCAAGGGGAGGAUCACUCGGCCACUCACCACCGCCAUGUUCUUGGGCAUCCUCGACCUCGCCACGGUCGCUCUCGUCGCCGUGGGCGUCUCAGGCAUGGCGUCCAUCCUCAGCUUCCCACUUCUCCUUGCCGCUGUCGUCUUCUACGUCCACCUCAGCGCCGUCACCCCGGUGAGCAUCGCCGUGUCGUCGGCGGAGGGGCGGUGGGCAGCGCCGGCGCUCUGGCAGGCGUGGCGGCUGAUGAAGGCGAGGAGGAAGGAGGCCGGCGUCCUGACACUCAUCGCCUGCCUCGUCCCUGCCGCUGUUUGGCCGGUGUACGCCAUUGCCGCCACCUUGUCUGACCGCCUAUGGAUCAGUACCUUCUUCGUGUGGCUGAUGGGUAUAGUGUUUGGCUUCUUCCUUCUGCCGGUGGCUCUGCAGCUCCUCGCCACGGCGGCUGCCACGGUGUUCUACUACCACUGCGUGGAAGUCCAUGCCGCCGUCGCUCGUGGACCUGAAAAUGUUCCAGUUGAUGUUGAUCACAAUGACGCAGUAGAUCAUGUUUGAUUGAGUUUUCUUUCUUUCUUUUUGCCUCAACUUAAACUUUGGAUGUGCUGCGUCAUAUAUGAGUCAUUUUGAUUCGGACAGGUAACUAACUAACUGCAUAUCAGAUGCUAUGCGUUCUCUGAAUUUUGGAUCUCAAUUUCCUAUUUCUCAUGUUGCCAUACACUGUUAUGGUGUACAUAAAUACUAGGAUCAUAACCGAGUAAAACACCUAUUAGAG